AUGACAGAUUCAACUAUGGGCAACCUGUUGGCUCAAGAAAACGAAGACAAACUCGAGAUCGUUGUCUACUACCUGAUAAAGAGAAUGACCGAGUAUGAAUUGAACUAUUUAACACCCGAGAAACGAACGCUGCUGUCGCCAAGACUCAAUAAAUGGAUGAUGAUGAUCUCUGAAUACGACAUCACAUAUACAACUCAGAAAUCUAUUAAAGGAAUCGUUGUUGCAGACUUCCUAACAGAUCAACCCAUCACGGUUGAGCCUUUUUUUGAACUCGACUUUCCUGAUGACUCCAUAAUGUUAAUCUCUUCAGACACAUGGAAGCUAAUGUUUGACGGAGCUUCGUCCAAAUAUGGCUAUGGAAUUAGAAUUCUCUUGAUGUAUCCCAAGGGAACCUACAAUCCCAUCUGUCUCAAAAUCGCAUACGAAAUAGGAGCAACCAAGCUAGAUGUAGUUGGCGACUCUAACCUGGUUAUAUUCUUAGUUAACGAAACAUGCCAAGUACGUGGAGAAAAUCUCAAACCCUAUCACACUUUCCUACUUCGUUUUAUCGACAAGUUCGAUCACGUGUCUUUUGUACACGCAACAAGAAGCCAAAAUCGAUUUGCCUAUGCUUUGGCUACACUAACAGCUAUGACCCGAAUUCUUGUUGGGAUUAAGGUCAAACAUCUGAAGGUCCGUCAGAAACGAAAAUCCGAUUUCAAAGUCGGAGUGGUAGCCUCCGUUCAAGUGCCCACCAAACCAUGGUUUGAUAUUCUUUAA